CUUACUGGUCGAUUCUUUAACGGCUCUGACCGAAGAACUGGUUUAGAUGAAAUGUAAUGCCUGCGGCCUGAGGGAGAUCACGAAAUUUAAAGCUCCUCUCCUGCCCAGCUUCUGGUCUCAGUGACGAUGAAUUGUGGCCAACAUGAGGGUGUACUGUGCUUUACUGUUUCUUGCGUGUUUUUUGCAGGGGGCCACGUGGGGCUUCGCUGCAAUCAGAGCUUCCAAUGGAAAGAAUCAAGAGAAUCAUAAAGACUCCAAUGUGAAUUCUAGAGAAAAAAGUGCAGAAUACUGGCACGAUGUAGCCCAGAGUUUCCUACAAAAGGCAAAAUUGAAAAAACCCAUCACAAAUGUUGCCAAGAACGUCAUCCUUUUUUUGGGCGAUGGCAUGUCUGUUCCAACUGUGACAGCAGCUAGAAUAUAUGCUGGAGGUGAAUCAUAUCAACUUUCAUUCGAGAAAUUUCCCUACACAGCUGUAUCCAAGACGUAUAACUUGGACAGAAUGGUUUCUGAAUCAGCAUCUACUGCAACUUCCUACCUAGGUGGUGUAAAAGCAAACAGGUAUACGUCUGGACUUACAGGUGCAGUAAAUAUAAGUGAUUGUGAAGGUUCCUUAUUACCAGAAAACCACGUACCUUCGAUAGCCGAUUGGUCGCAGAAAGCUAACAAAUGGACAGGUCUUGUUACCACCACAAGAGUUACUCAUGCUUCUCCUGCAGGCUUAUUCUCACAUACUGCACAUAAGGACUGGGAAUCAGAUGCAGACUUGGUGAAACACAAGAAAGAUCCUGCUCAUUGUCCAGACAUAGGAAGGCAAUUGAUUGAGAGCAAAGUAGGUUCAAAUUUCCACGUCAUAAUGGGAGGUGGACGAAAUAAAUUGUUACCAAAGGAAGUUACCGAUGAUGAAGGAAAGGCUGGUAAACGAUUGGAUGGAAGAAAUUUGAUAGAGGAGUGGAAGAAGAAGAAAAUGGAGGAAGAGAAGAAAUUUGAGUAUAUUUGGAAUAGAAAACAGUUAAUGGAACUGAAUGAAACAACUGAUUAUUUGCUAGGUCUUUUCGAAAACGACAUGUGCAAAUACCACGUUGACAGAGAUCCAGAGAUGGACCCCACUCUUGAAGAAAUGACUGAAGCAGCCAUCAAACUCCUCAGUAAAAGUCCAAAUGGCUAUUUCCUCUUCGUGGAAGGAGGAAUGAUCGAUCAGGCGCAUCACUUCAAUUUGGCCGGAAAGGCACUAGACGAGACUGUCGAAUUUUCCAAGGCUAUAAGACGUGCUACCCAAUUGACAAAUGAAAAGGAUACCCUGAUAGUGGUGACAGCCGACCAUGCUCAUACCAUGAUAAUAGGGGGCUAUCCCAAAAGGGGAGAAAACAUUCUUUCAUUGACGAAUUUCACUGAUGUGUUUCCAAUGGGGGGACCUGUUCCUGUUCUGAGUUAUGCCAAUGGACCUGGGUAUAAAAUGACGAACAAUGGAACACUUUACAAUUUCACUGCUGAUAAAAUAGACAUGGACUACAAAUAUCCAGUAUUGUAUAAGACAGUCGUGGAGACGCAUGGUGGAGACGAUGUCCUCAUCUACGCAAGAGGUCCCUGGUCCCAUUUAUUCCAGGGUGUUAUGGAACAGAAUGCCAUUCCCCAUUUAAUGGCUUAUGCUUCAUGUGUUGGAAGCAAGAGUACGGCAUGCAAAGAUGGUUUCACACCAAAUUCGUCUAUAAGGAUUCCCGGCAGUAUCAUGACAAUUAUUACCACACAGUUUUUAAUUCUUUCGACAUAUUGGAUUGGCAAAUUAUGAUCUGAUAAUUUAUGAUAAUAUUGACUUCUCCAUUUAUGAGAUUCAAUAAUGACAGAGGGGGUUGAAAAAGAGAAUGAUUUAUUUUUGAUGGAAUUUCGAAGAUGGCUAGAAAUCUCAAAGUAUAACCUCCAGAAAAAUUUUCCAGGGAAUAUCAAAUUUUGUCAUUCUUUAUGAAUAUAAAUAUAUCUGUAUAUAGUAGAAACCAUAUCCCAUCCCAUUUUAUCAAAUAUCGAUUAAUCAUUGGAAAGAAUUGGAGCACCUUUGGGUGGAUAUUAGACAAUCUUUAAAUUCAAAUGAAAAAAUGUUUCCAACUGUGCUCAAAGGUGGUUUGAAAUAAAUGAUUGAUU